GCCUACAGAGUGCCAUUGACUGUGUGUUUUUUUUUUCUUCUUCUUUUAUCCUUUUAACCCAUUCACACUCCUGUAGGAGUCUUAGCAACUUCAGCACAUGGCUGGGAGCCUCAGUAUAUUCCUCAUCUGAUAUAAUCCUCUUUCAAGGAUUAUAUGUACGGAAAUGACAAAUAACAUCAUUUAAAUCUAAUUCUUUUAGUUUCACAUCUGUGCACAAAGCAUCCAGGGUUUGGAUACAUCAUGGUACACUGGAGGAAUUUGUUUAUUUGUGCAUUUGGAUGUGUGUUUCCCAUAUACAUCUGUCUUUCGGAAACAAAAAAGCUACCCGUUGGAUUAAUAUCACCUGGAGACUCACACACUGAGAGCAACUCAGACUUUAAUUCCACAGGUCUUAAACACAUGAGAGGACUGAAGCACAACCAUUCCAGCACGAACAGAACAAGAAUACAGAUUGAUUUAAGUGGGCCAAAUGUGUGUGGAACAAGAUGCUGUCCUGGCUGGACUGUUCAUCCCAAGACUCAAAAAUGCACAAAACCAAAAUGUUCUCCUCGUUGUUAUAACAGUUCUGUGUGCAGAAAGCGAAGUGUAUGUCAGUGCCGCUUAGAUUCUCGGCACUGUAAAAAGAACCAAACCAUCUCUUCAUCUUCAAUUACACCCACACCUGUAGAUGUGCCAGAAGCCACACCCACAUACAAAUCCACACCCCCAGUGCCGCCCACAUCAGCCACAACAUACUCGAUAUCCAUGGAGAAAUAUUCUGUACACUGGAAGCCUCUAAGUCUCAAAGAGGCCCAGGCGAUGCUGAUGAGAAAAGCUCUAGUCAGAGCAGUAGGAGGGAAUAAAAUUGCUAACAUCCUGCUAAAACACAUUGAGGCCGAGAGAAAUAGAUUACAGUCCUGCAACUGCACUGAAGAAAAGACCAGCACUAAGGCCUUUUACACCCAACAUGGCCAGUAUACGCUCAUAUACACUCCAGCAGCCACCUGA